AUGGCUGUCAUUCCACACUUCAUUCGCUACACGAGUUCAGGUUACCGUUCCAGCGCGUACCAUGUCCCCAUCGCUAGCAUCUCCGUGGGCACCAUCCUAGGCCUCAUGUUCUUGUCGUUUUGUAUCAGCUUGGCAUAUUUCUAUCACAAAGCCAACAAGCAGCACAAAACCACGGGAAAACCGAUACCUCAUGGGAAGAUCAUCCUCAAGUCUCUGGCGUGCGCGACGCUGCUCGGCGUGUUAUUCGUUUGUUGCUUCGGCGGCAGCGAUAACAGCUCAGACCAGCCGGCACAGCAGGGCGCGACGCAAGGUGGCGGCGGCGCGGCGUUCUAUCCUACCGCCCCCUCUCAACCGCAAUACACGCCGCAGAUGAACUGGGAUCCCGUCAAUGCUGCCGCUGAAUCGAAGGUCCAGUGA